AUGUCUGAUAUUGAAACCACACUACAGCCGAUUGUAGAUGCAAUUAAGAAGGGCAAAAAGGUUACAUUUUUCAAUGGUGCGGGUAUAUCAACCGCUGCGGGCAUCCCUGAUUUCAGAAGUCCCGAUACUGGAUUAUAUGCAAAUUUAGCCAAAUUAAAUCUCCCUUUUGCUGAAGCUGUUUUUGACAUUGAAUACUUUAAAGAGAAUCCAAAACCUUUUUAUACAUUGGCAGAAGAGCUUUAUCCAGGAAAUUUUGCCCCUACUAAGUUUCAUUAUUUUAUCAAACUUUUGCAAGAUGAACAUUCCCUAAGACGUGUUUAUACACAGAAUAUCGAUACAUUAGAGAGAUUGGCUGGAGUAGAUGAUAAAUAUAUUGUUGAAGCACAUGGAUCAUUUGCCAAAAACCAUUGUGUUGAAUGUCACAAGGAAAUGGAUACUGAAACAUUGAAAAAACAAAUGAAAGAUAAAUCAAAAGAUGGAAUUCCUACCUGUGACGAGUGCCAUGGAUAUGUGAAACCAGAUAUUGUAUUUUUUGGUGAAGGGUUACCAACAAAGUUUUUUGAAAAAUGGGAACAUGAUAGUCGUCGUGUUGAGAUUGCCAUUGUGGCUGGAACUUCAUUGACGGUGCAGCCGUUUGCAUUUCUUCCUGCCGAAGUGAGUAAAAAAAGUAUCAGAUUAUUAGUGAAUAAUGAAAAAGUAGGUGACUUUGAACAUCAUCCUAGGAAAACAGAUGUACUUGCUUUGUAUGAUUGUGAUUUAGUUGCCGAAAAACUAUGUGCAUUGUUGGGGUGGGAAGAAAAAUUAAACGAACUUUAUGAAACUGAAAGAGUUAAAUAUGGUAAGCCAGAAAUCAAGGAAAAUGUCCUUCAUGAGAUUGAGGAUAAAUUGAAAGAGGAAGCACAUUUGGUAGAAGAAGGCAGAUCAUCCACGAAAGAUAAUGAAGAAGAAGAAGAAGACACGGGAAAGAAAGAAGAAGAAAGAGAUACAAAGGAAACAAAGAAGGAAGAGAAAGAGGAAGCUGAAUUGGAAAAAUUAAUUGAUAAAUUAUCUUUGUAG